UUUAUUUGUUGAAUUGAUUUUAAUAGCAUAUCAGUUCAUUGCUGAAGUUUCAAAUAUCAUUCUGUAGAAAUGGAGCAUGGUGAUGGAGGAAUUAAUUAAUUAAUUACGUAGGUUUAUACAAGUACCUAUCCAGUUAACAGAAGUUAAUAUGCUUUUCAAAAUAGUGAAUAAAUUAACCAUCUUGAAUUCAUCAUAUCCACAGAUGGAAACCAAAUUAAAAGCAGAAGAAUCAAAAAAUACUACAAUUAUGGAGUUUGUUCUCGUGGGGUUUUCUGAUGAACCCAAUUUACAGUGGAUACUCUUUGGGACAUUUUUCAUCAUGUAUCUGAUUAUUUUGUUGGGCAAUAGCAUCAUAAUACUGAUAACAAGAAUUGACCCUACUCUCCGGAACCCCAUGUAUUUUUUCCUUGGCAAUUUUUCCUUCUUGGAAAUAUGUUACGUAACAGUCGCUAUCCCAGGAAUGCUCAUGGACAUUUGGACCCGGAAAGGAAAUACUUCCUUUUUGGCCUGUGCUAUGCAAAUAUGUUUUUUUCUUAUAUUUGCAGGCACAGAGUGUUUGCUCCUGACAGUGAUGGCCUAUGACCGCUAUGUGGCCAUUUGUAACCCUCUGUAUUAUCCUGUAGCCAUGAACCACAGGGUCUGUAUCCAGUUAGUGGCUGGCUCCUGGAUCAGUGGAAUUCCAGUCGAAAUUGGGCAAGCGUGCCAGAUUUUCUCUCUGUCCUUUUGUGGGUCUAACACAAUUAAUCAUUUCUUUUGUGACAUCUCCCCAGUAAUCAAGCUUGCAUGCAGGGACAUAUUAGUAAAUCAGAUGGUGGUCUAUAUAUUAGCUACGAUGUUUUUGAUGUUACCAUUUCUGUGGGUCGUUGCUUCCUAUGGCAAAAUUAUCUCCAAUAUUCUGAAAUUGUCCUCAGCCAACGGAAGAGCCAAAGCCUUCUCCACCUGUUCUUCUCACCUGACAGUUGUAAUCUUAUUCUAUGGAACAGCUGCUAUCAAUUAUUUACUGCCCAAAUCAAAUCAAUCUGAAGGACUGGGGAAACUGCUCUGUCUUUUCUAUACCAUUUUGACACCAAUGAUGAAUCCUGUUAUAUAUAUAUAGUCUGAGGAAUAAAGAUGUCAUGGUGGCAUUGAAGAGGCUGCUACCUGAUUAUUAACAUGAUGCAAUGACUUGAAAUUACAGAAACUAUAUGCUUAUGUUUUUGCCAUGUAGAUACAAUGGGAAAAUCUUCUAGUUUUCUUUCUACAUUCUUAAACAGAGAUAAUUUUACAGUGUGCCAACAAUCUCACAUUAUGUCAAGGUACUUUCAUUUCAUAGAAUUAACUACCUCUGUGUAAUCAAACCACAAAUUAACUUAAGUGCAAAAAUAAAAUCUUGAAGAUCAAUCUUUUCUCUGACUGAACAAGUGAGGUAAGAGUGUGUUGUUUAAUUCUGAAUUAGGUCCAUAAUCUGGAAUAAUUUUUUCUUAUAUUUCCCAUUCCUCCGGACGUAUUAUCUGCCUUUCUCUGCCCCUCUUGUUGGAUUUAGCCAGUGAGAAACACCAGCAGUAGCUGAGAUGGUGGAAGCUGGGGAGAACUUGGCUUUUCUGCACAGUUUUUUCUCUGCUCCUAUACCUUGUCUCUGCCCAAGUCUCUGAAAGCUACAUGUGCUUCAGGGUGUACCCACAUCUAUGGUCCCAUCUCUCGCCAUUCUCUGGUAACAUUAUACCCUCCACUUUUAGCUUCAGGUCUUGGUUUUGUAUUAUCUGGUAUUUUCCCCCAUAAUCCAAUCAUACCCAUCUAAACAGCCUUUACACUAAAGUACUUUAAUUGGAAUUAUCUUGAAUGAAUUCUAUUUCUUGCAGGCUC